UGCAUCGAAAACAAUUCCAUUUCUCGCUCGCCAUAUCUUAGAUGGAGUAAACCCUCGCAAGACUUUGGGAGCCCCCGUAAUAAUGAUUUACAAUAUUAUUGAAUAUGUGUGGAAAAAAUAUUUUAUAUUCUUCGGUGAAGAUGAUUAUUAUUCCUGUGUUUGGGGUAUUUUUAUUUGGGUAACAUUUUUAUAUCUUUCUAUUGGAUUAAUGUUUGCUUAUGUGGAUGUAACAGGAAAACCCCAAGCUUUAGUUCGUCGUAGAAUACAAAAUACAGAUGCAUUUCCGGUCAAAAUGUCAACAAUUUACCAGACGGUAAAACAGGUGUUAGUUAAUCAUUUUCUUAUCACGUUACCAUUCAUUCAUUUUGGUUACAAAUUGUUGAAGUGGAGAGGUUUGAAAAGUGUGUUAACAAUACCAAGUGUUCGAUGGAUAAUUUCAGAUUUUGUAUUUUAUUACGUGUUAUAUGAAUUUGCAUUUUAUUAUAUCCACAGGUUGUUACAUCACCCUAAACUGUAUAAACACAUUCACAAACAACAUCACGAAUGGACUGCCCCCAUCGCUAUAGCGGCAAUUUAUUGUCACCCCAUCGAGCAUUUUGUUGCCAAUCUCAUUCCAUUGUAUAUUGGCCCACUUAUUAAGAACAGUACACCAUUUACUCUCUUCUUAUGGUAUACUGUAUCUGUUUUUAUAACACUUAUCGAGCAUUCUAAUUACCAUCUUCCAAUUAUAAAAGUAAGCGAAACCCAUAAUUUUCAUCACAUGAGAUUCAAUCAGAAUUAUGGAAAAGCGGGCGUUUUAGAUCGUUGGCAUGGAACUAAUUCUCCUAUUAAAAAAAGCAAGAGAUUCUUUGAAAAUUUAGUGAUCCAAUCACUUUCACUUCUGAAGAAUCAUUCGAAUGUGGCGAAAAAGGAAGAGUGAAUUUGCAUAAUUUAAUUGAAUGAAAAAGCUUCGAGAAGAUACACAACUGAAUCUAAAUGCUCUAUUACACAAAUUCUUGAUAUUGGUUAAGGAAAUUUAUUGUAUUUUUUUAAUACACUUAGUGAAGAUAUCCGGUAUUACUUGAGGAAAUUUCAUAUUGCAUCCUUGACAUUGUAAAAAGUCAAUUUGGGCACUUAAUACUAUUCAAAGAUAUUGAGGUAUACAUGUUUUAAAUCAGACCCCAUUCUACAUACGUCACAUGAACCCUUUCUAUCUCCCCACUCCCUGGAUCUUUAAGCACCAAAAUUUAAUAUCAUCAAUUUCCCCAAUACGCAAACUCUCCUGCAAAAUUUCAGAUAUUUUUCACAAAAGGCACAGAAGUUAUUAAGCUUCAAAUUGGGUAAACAAAAUCGUGCCACCCACACACACACACAUUCGUAUCCAUAGCAUUUCUCGAUGUAUCAAGGUCCCGAGUCCAAAAAUGUAAAACAUCUAGGGGUCAUUCUUUGACCUAUCGACCCUCUUUUGUCAAUAACAGUCGAAAACUUCGUCAUAAAUUAAUUUAAAUACUUAUACUAAAUACCUAACAACACCUGCAGAUGUUAUGCACAAUAAUCUUUCCAUAAAUCCAUUUAAAACUCUCCAAAGAAUGUUUGUAUGUCUGUUCUAUCUUCGCUAGUUAAUCGAUAUAAAUAUCCAGGAAAAAAUUGAAAUAUCUUGUCAUUUUGAAGGAUUUUUCUCAAUGAUACGAACUAAAUAAUGUUUCAGUUAUACUUUAUUUGUUUAAUAUACAAAUAUUUUAAAUAUGUUUCACGUGUUACUUACAUUUGUUAAUUACCAUUAACUCAAUUGCUCAAUGUCAAAUUUCCCUGAUACUUCCAUACAUUAAUUCACCCAUUUAAGGAUGGAUUAAUCUAUGGAGGAAUCAGAGAAAUAAUAAUAAAUGAAAACAUAUAUUUAAAGAUAUAUCUUUUCGUUAUUAUUCAUUUUCUACACUGCUUGACAAUUGUAAGAGAAUAUCGACAUUUUUUUUGUCAUAAUUAGUAGUGGACACAAGGUCAAGGAAAAACACAAGGUAAAGAAGCACACCUAGGAACAACUACAAGGAAAAACACAAGGAAAAACUACAUGCCACACAUUGUUAAACAGUGUAUUUAGUUAUUAUUUACUAUGA